AUGGAAAAGCUCAAGACCAAGCUGACUGUUGGCACAUUCCAAGCUACUCAAUCCAUGCUUCCACCAAUUCCGGCUCCGAAGAUAGUUCAAAUCGAUGAAGGUUCUCCAAGCAGGAAACCUGAUGAUCUCCCUAAAGAGCCUCUGAUUCCUCCCCCAUCUGAAUUAUUCAUCACCGAAUCUGACCAACAAAUCAUUUCCUCUUUUUAUGGCAUGAGCAAAACUCCACAAGAUAAAGGCAAAAAGAUUCCAACAGACUCUGACAACUCAGUGAAGCUAGUCUCAUGA